AUGAGCGCGCACGACAUCGAGACGGACUCGCCGCACUUUUCGCUCGCCGCGUACGAGCGCGCGGUGGAGACGCGAAGUGACUUGUCCAUCGCGGUCCGCGAACUCGACAAGUGCGUCAACAACCCGACCGAGCUGGCGCGGGUCUACAAUGGCAACGGCGUCGACGUCAACCGCACCGCGCUCUUUGUGACGCUGCAGUCGUCAUCGCAGCAAGGCUCGACCGACACGGCGACCAAGAAGCUCCUUGAACACUCGGUCAUGCGCGAAGUCAUUGCACUCAAGUGGCAGCGCUUUGGCCUUCGCAUGUACAUGGAGCAGCUGCUCAUGUAUUGCCUACUUUUGCUCUCGAUGACGGUGGCUGUGUCGAUGCGCCCCGGCGUCGACGCGUACCCGACGCAACUCCAAGCCUGGCUCUACGUUGGCAUCCCGCUUCUCAUUGCGCUGAGUGCGUCGCCGUGGUUCACGUACGAGCGCCGUGCGUCAUGGCGCGCUGCGACUGCGGGUAUCAUUUGCAUUGCGCUCGCCGUGAUGCUCUCCAUGCGCGAGUCCCUUCACGUGCUUCACUGGACGCUCUUUACCAACUUCAACACGGUCGUCGUCGGUCUCACGGGGCUCUACUUUCUGCGCUUCGAGCUCAACGAGAUGUUUGGUGAAGUCGCGGAGCACAACCGGCUAUUUGACUGCGGCUUCCACAGCCUCAGUCCGCGCUCGCAAAAGGUCCUCUACUACGUCAUCUUUUGCCCCUUCUCGGUCGUCUAUCAGUUUGCAGUGCUCUUGGUUGGCGGCGACACGGCCAAGUACUUUGACUCGUUCUUCAACUGCGUGCAGCUGCCGACGUUCUCGUCGGUCCUUGUAUUUGCCGUGUACGAGCUUGUGGGGGACAUCGACCCGACGCUGCGCCUCUACGGCGGCAUGGUGCUCAAUAUGCUGCUCUGGAUCCUCGGCCUCCAAUACCUCGAAGUCCACGGCACCGCCGGGUACCUCAUCCCGAUGAUGCGCGGGCUUCUCCGCGACGUCUUUCGGUUUCUUGCGUUCUACUGGCCGUUCCAGUGCGCCUACGCGUGCGGGUACUUUCUGCUCUUUCAAGACACGGACGAGGAGACGUACAACACGCUGUGGCGCGCGUUUGUCACCACUUUCCUCGUCAUGCUCGGGCAAAUUGAGCUCGAUCCGUUCGAGAACCUUCCGGAUACGUCGUCGUACGUACUCGGGUACACACUGCUGUUGUCGCAUGCGACCAUCGUCAUGGUGAUGCUGCUCAAUGUGCUGAUUGCCAUCAUGACCAAGACCGUGGACGGCGGCCUCGAACUCGCGAAACUCGAGGCGCUCGUGAGCUUCGCCGAGUGCGUCCUUCGAAGCGAGAAAACCGCGGGCUUGACGCCGAUCGCGGCGGACGGCCCCGGCGACCACAUGGCGCUGCUCUCGGCCACCGGUGACAUUGGCUUCAUCUCGGACGACCUCGGGUCGCCGUCGUCCAGCGAACGUCUUGACCAGAUCGAACAGACGCUCGCCGAGGUUCUCGCGCUGCUCAAGGAUAUGAAGCGCCGCCCGUCCGUGUUCUAGUGUGGCCACGUGUAUAACAUGGGAUGUUGUUGAUGCGUCGAGAUAAAGAACGU